AUGCCUUCUAUAGCGCCAUACAGGAAUGACAUGAAUAAUGUUCUCCAGCAGAUCGUCACUUCGUCGUCCGAAGCAGAUACCUUGGACCAGCUGAUUCCUUACAUCAAAGACUACAGCUUUGGCAAUAAGACGGCCCAUCUGCUCAGCCAGCUGUCCGACCUCGCUGGGGAGCGCGAAGCCGAAAUCGAACGACAAUGCAACACAAACCAUCAGGAAUUCGUCAAAUCCGUCAACCAGCUACUUCGGAUCCGCGAAGGGACAAUGACGCUCACGAACGAGAUACUCGAGUUAAACCAGUCCAUUCAGGCUAGCACCGAACGACUCGUCGACCAGAAGAAAGCAUUGGUGGAGUCGCGAGGCGUGCGACAGAACAUCGAAGAUGCCCGGCACGCUCUGCAGGACUGUCUGGAAGUCCUCCGUCUUGCGAACCAAGUCCAAGAGCUCCGCGACCAGAAGAAGCACUAUGCAGCCCUACGAGCGCUGGACGAACUGCAGAGUGUCCAUUUGCAAAGCGUGACCCAGUACCAAUUGAGCGAACUGAUCCAGAAAUCGGUCCCAGCAACCCAAAAGUUGAUUGCUGAAGCAGUCAUGGCCGAUCUGAAUACCUGGCUUUUCCGGGUCCGCGAGAUGUCUCAGUAUCUCGGAGAGCUGUCUUUCUAUCACACGGAUCUGCGUAAGCAGCGACUGAAGGAGAGAUCCGAAAAGAACCCGUACCUGGCUAAUUUCAAGUUGAACUCGGCAAUUGAGCUCGUGGCUGACGAGCACGAAGAAUUCGACCUUCUGAAGAGCGAGGAUCUCGAGGUUGACUUCACGCCUUUAUUCGAGGCGCUACACAUCUACCGCUCGCUCGGGCAGAUGGAGAAAUUCAAGACAGACUAUGCUGCGAGCCGUCGGGCACAACGCGAUCUACUCCUCUCAAACUCCAUCUCUCUUGUCGAUGAAGAGAUGGGAGACCUGCACACCCUGCUCGAGGACAUCGCGGGUUUCGCCAUCAUGGAGCGGGCCACAAUGAAGAAGGUGCCCGAUCUGCGUUCCACCACGGACGUGGAAGAACUGUGGGAUUCGCUCUGCCAGACCGCCAUCUCCCUCAUGUCCCGGGCCCUGUCAGCGGUCGACAACGCAGAGCACCUCUUGAUGAUCAAGAACCUGAUCUCUCUCUUCAUCCAAACGAUGAACAAGUUCAACUUCAACACCGCGGCCAUGUCGAAUUUCGUGCUCGUCCUGUUCGACAAGUAUGCCGAGCUCCUCAAGCAACGCUUCAGCGAGGACUUUAUCGAGAUCGUCAGCACGGACGACUACAUGCCCAUGCCGAUCCAGAACGCCGAAGAGUUCGAAAAAGUCGUCAACGUCUCCUGGUACACGCCGGAUCGACCCGCUCACGAAAUGACCUUCCCGACCGUCUUCCCCUUCUCGCAAAUGUACCCGCUCUGCUGCAUCGACAUCCGCAACUUCCUCAACCAAUUCUACUUCUUCUCCGCGCAGGAGGACAACGCGCCCUCGCCACUGUCCCAAAAGAUCGACUCCCAACUACUCACGUCGUUAGACGACCUCCUCACCACAAAAGUCUGCGCCAGCCUCGUCUCCAAACUCUCCUCCCAAUACCUCGGCCAGAUUGUCCAGAUCCUCAUUAACCUCUCCCAUUUCACGACCGCAUGCCACGAACUCGAGACCCUGCUGGCCAGCGCACGCUCCUCGUCGCAGACCAACUCGCUCAACGGCACCUCCACAUCAGCCGCCACCACGGGCCCGUCCAUCUCCCUCAAGGCCACCGCCCAAUUCAGCACGCACCAGAAAACGGCGGAAAACCGCAUCUUCGAACUCGUCAACAGCAAGGUCUCGGACCUCAUCGAGACGGCCGAAUACGACUGGCUCUCGAGCGACCCUCCCACGGAGCCCUCAAACUACAUCCUGACCCUGACGCGGUACCUCGCCAACAUCAUCAACUCGGUGCUCCUGUCGCUCCCGUCCUCGCUGAAAGAUCUCAUGCUGUUCAACGCCAUCUCCCACACGGCGAGCAGCAUCCUCUCGCUGCCCCUCUCCGACAGCGUCGAGCGCAUCACCACGGCCACGAUCGCCCAGAUGGACAUGGACAUCUCGCACUUCCGCGCCUACGUCGAGACCUUGCCCAACAACUUCGUCCUGCUCGAGAGUCUCGAUGAGCUCGUGCAGACCAUCGCGCUCAUGCGCACGGACCAGCCGGACGAGUUCUACGACAUCAGCCUGCGCAACAAAAAGUACAGGAACGUCGACCCGCUCAAGGGGCCCAUGCUGCUCGAAAAGGUCGUCCACGUGGAUAUGGGCCGGUCGCCCACAAGUGCCGGUUGGGCGAAUGGGCAACAGAGUGCCGGCCUAGGGCACAGUGGGAGCACCGGGUCAAGAACAGGAGGCACGACGUUUGGGGCCUUGCGCGAUAGAUACAUGCAUAGUGGGCGGUAG